AUGGCGUCGGUGCUCCCUUCUCGCUGUGCUCCCUGGUCCCUCACCGCUCAGAACUGGCGUGUGAUGGAGACGUGGCAGCGGGCGCUGCGCGGCACGCGGUUCGUCGACAUCAACCUUGGCGACCCGGCCGCUGGCUUGCGUGGCUCAGCCGACUGCGGCUCGGGCCUGCGGUACGCGCUUGGACGCUUCUCGCCGCGAGCGCCGCUGCGAGAGCUCGCUGCUCUGUCGGCCUCCAAGGCGCGGCCGGGCGAGGUGAUUGUGCUCAAGGCGCAGGCGCCGCUGCUGGGCGGCUGCACGAGCUUUGGGCGGACACCCGCCACCCUCCUGCUGCACAAUGAAUCCUGCGAGCUCGUCAACUUUGUGACCGAGGAGGCGCGGGGACACUCCACGCUCCUCAGCUUGGCGCUGCGCUCGCCUAACGCCCACCGCCUAUCGCAAAUCGCCUACCUCUAUGCCGAACACCUGGCGCCGCCGGCCCUGCCUGCGCCGCGGACCCCUGUGUAUCGAUCCUGCGACAUGGAUGUGGACGAGAGUGAUGCCCCAGAGGUGGCGCCCGCAUUUUGGAUGCGGUUGUAUGUCGAGUCGCUGCCACAGGGGCCCUUUGAGUGGUGA